GGCAUGUUUUAUCUUUUAAUGGUAUACUUCAACAUUUAUUGACAUAUUUCAACAUUUAAUGACACAUUUCAUUGUGUAUUUCAUGAUCACAAGGGAUGUCAAUCAGUGUAAGUGGGUGGUCUUAAGCUGCUGAUAGACUAAACCAGUGACACUAUCUUCACCAACAGCUGCUCACUUGUGGGAAUUCAAACAGCAUUUGGAUGCAUUAGUUGCACUGGAUUUAACUGCUAGCGAGCAAUUGUAUAAACAACAGUGUGCCAGAACCUUUUUAUAUACAAACUCGAAAUUAAAUUGUUGUAACUCAGUACAAACGCUAAUGCUGCCAAAUACUGUUUGGAUUUUCAUAAACGAGCAACUGUUGGUGAAGCUGGUGUCGCUGGAUUAGCUGCUAAAGACAUCUUGUGGUCAUGAAAUAUGAUUUGAAAUACGGCAUUAAAUGUUGAAAUGUGUCAUUAAAGGAUGAAACGCGCCAUGAAAUUAUGAAAUUAGUCACAAUGAUAUGAAAAUGGCCAUGAAUUUAUGAAAUACGUUAUGAUGAAAAUAAAAGGAUUAGGAAAUAUAAUGUAUUAUUAUGAAAUAUCGUACCACUAUUUUAAAAAGGGGCCUUUCAUGAUUUAUUAAAUGAAUGAUUCAUACAUUUAAUUAUUAUUUUGUCCUCCAUAUAUUUUAUGAUCACAAGAGAUAUGUCAAUCAAUGCAAGUGGGUGGUCUUAAGCCGCUAAUCCAGCAACACUAGCUUCAACAGUUGCUCAUUUGUGGCCAUUCAAAAACGAUUUCAUAAUAAUAUGACACUUAAAACAAUACUUAUUUAGUUUUAUAUCUAAUAAUUUCAUUUUGACCCCACUGGUCGUCCAUAGGUUUCUAGUUCAUUAUUUAAGAUUAUUUUCAGGCACUUUAAAUGUCAAAUGAGCCAGCUCUUUCAGGUGAACAGAUCCAGAAGAGCCGGCUCACCAAAAACACUUGGAAUCACUAGUCCAUAUGUGAGAUGACAAGUGCCUGAUUAGUACCUGUGCUGUUUCCACUGUGAGGUGAGGUUGUACUCUAUGAAUGUUGUAGAUCAUCAACCUUCAGGAGUCACUGCCUUAUAUGUUUGUGGAUAAUGACAGGGUGUUGUCCAGGGUCUGUGCCCUCUGGGAGGGGGACCCCGUGGAGUUAUCAGCUAUGAUGGAGAGGUCUUGAAGCAGGCAGGCCAUCUUCCACUGGAGGAAGAGCAACACCUUCUUGUCAAGGUUGAGCUUAAAAACAGCAGUACUUCUGGAGUUGAGGACCACUGGUCAAGCAUAUGCCUGCAGUUUGAAGGACCCCAGAAUGUUGCGUCUGCGUUGCAAAACCAAAAAUGGGAGCCACAUAAUGCAGGGCCUGACCCACCAGUCAUGUGUGCAGGAGCUUAAGAGCAAGGUAGAAGAACUGACUGGAAUACCCUGUGAUGUACAGAAGAUCAUGGUUGGCUACCCUCCCUCUAGCCUGGACCUACGAAAUGGAGAUGCUCACCUCAAGGAUUACCCCAUCAAAUCAGGCGAUACAUUGAUUGUUGAAGAGGAGAAGAACAAGAUGAAGACGCAGACUACAAAUUCAACUGUGACAAAGGCACUGCGCCUCGAGUCCCUGCCGGUGCUGGCUAGACGGGUCGUUCCAGCAGACAACUCCUGCCUGUUCACCAGUGUGUCCUACGUGGUGGAGGGCGGGGUUUACGACCCGGCCUGUGCCCCUGAGAUGCGAGGCCUCAUCACCCAGAUUGUGUCCAGUGACCCCACUGCGUACUCCGAGGCGGUGCUGGGGAAGACCAACGAGGAGUACUGCACUUGGAUCCGACGGGACGACACCUGGGGCGGAGCCAUUGAGGUGUCCAUCCUGUCCAAGUUCUACCAGUGUGAGAUCUGUGUAGUGGACACGCAGACGGUACGCGUGGAUCGAUUCGGCGAAGACGCCGGCUAUCACAAACGCGUGCUGCUCAUCUAUGACGGCAUCCACUACGACCCACUUCAGAAGGAGACGCCCGGGUCUGACGCCCCACCCCAGACCAUCUUCUCCACCACAGAUGACAUCAUCCUGGCCCAGGCCUUGGAGCUAGCGGAUGAGGCACGACGGAAGCGGCAGUUCACGGACGUCAACCGCUUUGCCCUGCGUUGCAUGGUUUGUCAGACAGGCCUAGUAGGACAGAAGGAGGCCCGGGAACAUGCCAAGGAGACGGGCCAUACCAACUUUGGAGAGGUGUGAGUCAGAGCGCUCCUCAGGCCCCCUCCACUUUCACGACCACCAUGAACCCCCAUGCCACAACAUCUGUGUCUGUACAUUCCUCUACCUCACUCAGGCUAUGGAGGUUCUGCAGACACGGUUCAGUCUUACACAUUCAGUAUUCUAAUAACAGCUGUCACUGUUAUACUGCAAAGUUAAUCAAAAAUAUAAAUUGUUCUGAUGACAAUUUUAGGCUCACAUAAGGAAGUGUCUACACUAAACUCAACACAGUGGGUGAUUGUUUUAGUCUUGUUGCUCAUCAAUGUGGCAUGUGUUGUCGACACUAAUGGAGCUGCAUAUUAAAAUGCUGUUGGUUGGUUGGUUUUUUGUUGAUAUUAUAAUUUUAAUUGACGUUGCAUUUUUUACUCUGAAAUUUAUGAUAAUGUCCUUUUUUUGUAAGAUCUCAGCCAAUCAAGGCUGUAUAUGUAAAUUACUUGCAGUUAAUUCAUACCCACAUAAUUAGACACAUCAUAAAUAAAUUAAUGGUAUAUUUGAGUUUUUUAUUAAAUAAGCACACAGUGAUUUAUUAGACAUACUGUGAUGAUAAAAGCAAUUCAUUUAUAAAAAGACUGAACAGGGCUUGUAUUCCAAAAUGAAAGAUUCCUAAAAAUGCCUUGUCAGUUCUGACUUUUUGUGCUGAAAUUUAGUUUUGCAGCCAUUGUGGUAUGAUACAUGAUUAAGUUUACACAUCUAUAACAUUUUGUUUUGUGGGUGCCUCACCAGUACUUGGAUAAACAGUGGAAAAUCUGAUUUCAUCCAUUUACUUGGUAGAAAAGGUUUGCCGUGGCAGAUUGUCCUUGGUACUUGGUAAUACGUGUUUAUCUAGAUUUCUUAGGUCAAUACAACCUUGAAUUCCUUAAUGGUGCUGUGACAAGCUUACUUUAUUUUUUAAUGUAGGCUAUAUGCUAUUACAUUUAUUUAUUUUUCUUCAUUUUUUUUGCGGUGUGGGUUCUCAGUCAAAAGGUCUCUGGAUUAAAAUACAGUUCUGCAUUCAUCUUGAUGUAAAGCAUUAAUAUUUCAUGCUAUUAUUAUGCUUGGCAUUGCUGUUUAAGACCAUGGCAUUGGUUUUCUUUAAUAUUACUUUUUAUCUAUAUUUAUGGUGUCAUAUUUAAACUGAAGAAGUGUUAUGGACUUCAGACAAUGGAUGAUUGACUGAAAAAUUGCUAAAUGCCUCUUUUUUUUAAUCUUUCAACUUAUAGAGAGACUGAAUUAUAUAGAAUGUAAAUCUAUUGGUGGAAUCCUAUUUAUAUUUGCAGUUCAGGCACUGUCUACACAAUGUGCUUUGCUUCUCAACAUUCACUUAAUGAUAGUGCUUCUCCCUUUUUCAUCUGCAAAACCCUCUCACUCAUAUUGUUGGACUAUUAUGAGGACCACCAAGUGAACUGAUUGUUCCAAUGUUGAUCUACAUCCAUGCGUGUUAAAUCUAAAUCCAAAAACCACCAGUACUUUGGGAUCGGAGGCCUGGAGUUGUAAACCACUGUACACAAAACAAUACUUCAAUCCUAACUUUUUUCUUCAAAUGGUUUGUGUGUUUUUCUAGCAAAAAUAAUCAUGGAAUUGUUUUGUUGGCAGUGACUGGCAUUAUGACGAAAGGCUGGUGACAUUUUUAUGACUACUAAUGCAGAUCAAGUUCCAUAUUUCUAAACAAAAUAUUUAUUUUAGCUUUUUUCUGCUGUUCAUAAACAGACACCAAGUGUCUGAUUUUACAAUUCAGAAAAUAUCCUGUGACUUAUUUAUAGAACAUCUACAACAUUUUUCAGCACUAAAAAGCUUGUCUUUAAAUUAAAUACUCUUGAGUCAGGGAUGGUUUUGUGUGGUAGCCUAUAUGUUGCACAGACUUUCCAAAGCUUUUGGUAUGUAGGAGGUAUGGUUGUAGUGGGUGUAGAUGUGACUGAGCUAUGACUUCUCCUAUAUUCUGGAUGUUAAAGGACACUUUCAAUGAAUGUUGCACACAAAGCACUACAGAGAAACUGGGUUUACUUGAUUUUUUUCAAUGUUGUGUCACAAUAAAGGUCAUCAUUUAGGAGA